UAUGGCCGUCAAUGUGUACUCCACAUCUGUGACCAGUGAAAAUCUGAGUCGCCAUGAUAUGCUUGCGUGGGUCAACGACUCCUUGCACCUCAACUACACCAAGAUAGAACAGCUCUGUUCAGGGGCAGCCUACUGCCAGUUCAUGGACAUGCUCUUCCCCGGCUGCGUGCACUUGAGGAAAGUGAAGUUCCAGGCCAAGCUAGAGCAUGAAUACAUCCACAACUUCAAGGUGCUGCAAGCAGCUUUCAAGAAGAUGGGUGUCGACAAAAUCAUUCCUGUAGAGAAAUUAGUGAAAGGAAAAUUCCAAGAUAAUUUUGAGUUUAUUCAGUGGUUUAAGAAAUUCUUUGACGCAAACUAUGAUGGAAAGGAUUACAACCCUCUGCUGGCGCGGCAGGGCCAGGACGUAGCGCCACCUCCUAACCCAGGUGAUCAGAUCUUCAACAAAUCCAAGAAACUCAUUGGCACAGCAGUUCCACAGAGGACAUCCCCCACAGGCCCAAAAAACAUGCAGACCUCUGGCCGGCUGAGCAACGUGGCCCCACCCUGCAUCCUCCGGAAGAAUCCUCCAUCAGCCCGAAAUGGCGGCCAUGAGACUGAUGCCCAAAUUCUUGAACUCAACCAGCAGCUGGUGGACUUGAAGCUGACAGUGGAUGGGCUGGAGAAGGAGCGUGACUUCUACUUCAGCAAACUUCGUGACAUCGAGCUCAUCUGCCAGGAGCAUGAAAGUGAAAACAGCCCUGUCAUCUCAGGCAUCAUCAGCAUCCUCUAUGCCACGGAGGAAGGAUUCGCACCCCCUGAGGACGAUGAGAUUGAAGAGCAUCAACAAGAAGACCAGGACGAGUACUGAGGGCGGCCGCAGCCCUGGCUGACUGCACGGCUUCCCUGUGCCUCCCUCCCGCUCCACCCCCACAUUACAGUCCUUUCCUAACACAGUCGGCCGGGUGCUUUGUGUCAGUGCCGCAGCAUUGGGAGCCAGGCGAGCAGGGCUUGGGGACAUGGGGCCGGGAAGCAGGCAGAAGCCCGUCCUGGGUGGCACUGGCCCGGUUGGCGGGACCCCUGUCCACACCCACCCUAUUUAUUUCCGUUGUCUCUCUGCUGUGUCUCCCAACACUUCCCAGGGUGCUGCUGCCACCCGCCCCAGCCAGCCACCUGCUCCCGACAGCCAGCAGCUGUGUAUUUGACAAAGUCAUUGGUAUAUUUUUACUUACUGGAUUUUCCUUGCACUUUACCUGUUCUUUUCCAGGGCUGACAGCACGGGCUCCGGGGCAGUGUGCCUUGCUUGGCUUCCCUUCCCCAAGGCUGGGGGCUGGGGCAGGACUCACCCAUUAUAAUUUAUUUUGUCUUUUGGCUUCUCAGUAGUUGAAGGGAAGGCUGAUGUCAGGAGAGGGAGAGGGGGCUGAGGAGGUAGUGCUGUAGGCCCAAGGGGUAAGGGAGAGGGAGGGGAGCAUGUGAAGGAUGGAAGUGACCUCCUGGCACCAGGCUGACCCACCCAAGGCCCCCUGCCCCAGCACCGAAGCCCAGCAUUGCCCUGAGGCCCCCGGCUGCUGCCUCUCGCCACCUGGUUCACCACACAGACUCUGCCUGGAUCCCACUGUCUGUCUGCUUCCCACCCACCCUCCCCACCCCUUGCCCCUUGGGCACCAGCCUGCAUAUGUGUUCACUUUUAUUUAAAUAAACUUGUGUGGUAAAAGUCCA